ACCAGAAACAUGUACGAGAAUAUGAAGAACAAAACAAUAUUGGUGACCGGUGCCGGGGCAGGUAUUGGCAAUGAACUGUGCAAACAACUAGCCCAGGCGGGAGCAAAUGUUAUCGCUGUUGCCCGUUCCACCGAACAGCUCAAAGAAUUGAGAUCAUAUAGUCCGCUGAUAAAAACUCUACAGGUGGAUCUUAAGGAUUGGCAACAGGUGCGUCAAACAUUAGCCGGUGUUCCUGAUCUGGAUGGUCUGGUGAAUAAUGCCGGUGUGGCAAUUAUACGGCCAUUUACCGAAUUAACUGAACAGGAUUUCGAUGACACAUUCGAUGUCAACAUUAAAGCUGUUUUCAAUGUCACCCAAACUGUGUUGCCCAAAUUGAAGCCAAAUUCGUGCAUUGUCAAUGUAUCUUCCUUGGCAGCAAGCAGAUCAUUCGAUGGACAUACCGUUUAUAGUGCCACUAAGGCGGCAGUUGACUCAUUGACACGUUCACUGGCAUUGGAAUUGGGUCCACGGAAAAUUCGUGUAAAUUCCGUGAAUCCAACUGUGGUCUUAACCAAAAUGGGUCGUGACAAUUGGAGUGACCCGGCCAAAUCAGGGGCUCUAUUGGCUCACAUUCCACAACAUAGAUUCUGUGAAGUUCAAGAAGUUAUAGAUGGAAUUGUCUAUUUACUGAGUGACAAAUCGAGUUUUGUUAACGGUCAUCAUUUGCCCUUGGAGGGUGGCUAUUCAGUUCAAUAA